GCCGCCCCCGCCGCGCCCGGCGUCCCGCACUCGACGCCAUGCCGUGGCCGCGGGCGGAGCUGUGCGGCCGCCUGUCGUACCGGGCCGGCCCGCGGGGUCCCCGCCUCAGCCUCCUGCACCUCCGGCUCAGCGACUCGGCGCUGCGGGCGCUGCGGGCCUGCCAGCGCCUGCGGGGCUCGGCCCAGCCCGUCAUCUCUUUCCAGGGGAGCCAGGGGUACCUGAAGAUCCCGUGUGCCCUGGGCGGAGACGUGCGGCUCUUCGCCUUCUACCUGUCCCGCUACAGCAAGGACAAGCCCCAGGCCAGCUUCGAGUGCGUGCGGCAGUACGUCUCCAGGCUGGGCCAGAACCAGCUGGACUGCGUGGGCAGCAUCCAGGAGAAGGUCACGGUCUGCACCACCGACGACGCGUGCCAGUUGGCGCGGGCGCGUGCACCCCAGGCAGGGAAGGAGUCGUGGAGCCGAGCAGCCAUCGAGAUCUCACCCGCGGCCCACAGCCAGGGGAAAUGUGUCACCCUCCCGAAGCAGCUGGGUGCCAGCCCCCCCCCAGCACUGUGCCUUGUUGGGAGCAGGCAAGGCAGCCCCCCAACGAUGGACCCCCAGGCACUGGCCAGGUACUUGGUGCAGCUCCUGGCGCCACGGCCCCAGCACAAGCAUGAGCUCCUGGCACGGCUGGAGAGGACACGGGGCAGCCUGCAGAAUGGGGCGCAGUUGCUGGCAGUGCUGGAGCAGGUGGCACAGCCAGAGCCCGGCGGGCACAGGUACCGCCUGCGGGAGGAGCUGCUGGGGCAGGUGCAGGAGGACUGGCCUGGCUACACGCCGGCGGAGCGGCAGCUCCUCGCCCAGCUGCUGCACAGGAAACAGGAGCUUGGGGCCUGGGCCGGACCCUCCCUGGUGCCUCGGCAGGAGGGUGCAGAGACCCCAGCCCAGCAGAACACGGGCAAGAAGCCAUGGGGCAUGAAGCGCCUGGCCCUGCCGGCCUCCUGCCGCCCACCACAGCUCAAGAGAGCCCGAGUGGCUGAGGCCUCCCUGGAGUCAUGCCCUGGCAGCCUGCAGGAGCCCAGGCCGGAGCCUGCGAGGGCCCAGCCACAGCCGGAGCAGCCCUCGCGGCCCAGCACACCCGGGGAGACCUCGAGCUCCGAGGAGGCCAGUGAGGACUGGGAGGAGGGGACGCUGUGCCUGGAGCAGGACCUGGCGGUGCUGGGAGACCGCGGACUCAGGGCGGGCAGCCCAGCCACCUUCGCAGAGAUCCCGGAUUACUGCCAGAAGUUUGGGGCUAUCCGGUCAGCAGAGCAGUGCCGCGCCUACACUGAGGCCUUCAGCGCUGACUACGCCGAGUACCGCUACCUGCACACCCGUAUUGGCAAUGUCAGCCGCCACUUUGGCCAGCUGGGUGCCCACAUCAAGACACUGCAGCGUGGCACGGCCGAGCACAAGGCGGCGGAGGACAGGGUCGUGCAGGAGUACCGGCGCUUCAAGAGGACCUACCCUGGCUACAGGAAGGAGAAGGACCGCUGCGAGUACCUGCACCGCAAGCUCUCCCACAUCAAGGGCCUAAUCCUGCAGUUUGAGGAGGGCCACAGCCCCUAAGGAUAGCUGGGCUGGGGGACACAGAGGCUGUGCCCCCUCCCCCAGCAGUGGAAGAGUGUACCCUGACUUCCAGGCUUGGGGGAUGGGAGAGGGGAUAUAGUGUUGUAGCCACAGCUCUGCAGCCUCGUGCCCCGUACAGCCGUGGGAGCAGGCUGGGGCAGGAGCUGCUGGAGGACAGCGAUGCUGCCCUGCCUGCCCCCCUGCAGCCCCAGGCCACCGGGGUCUGCUCCAGGCUGGGGUGGUGGCCAUCCCUACCCAGAGCAAUGCUAGGGGCACCAACCCAGCCUGCUGCUCCUUGCUCAUGCUCCUGGGCAGUAGGGGCUGCCAGCCAGGCCUCCUCCCCCCAAGUGCAGCCCCACUCUGGUGCUAGUGCUGGCAACCAGCAGGGCAGUGCCUGGGUGCAGACACCAGUGCCUGGAGAGGAGCCUGCUUCCCACAGCCAGCAACCUCCAGGCCCCAGCCCCAACCUCAGGCACCUCUGCUCUUGGCUUGGACUGGAGGGAAGCUGUAGGGUCCCUCCAUGCCUGGGGCAGCAGCAGCAGCAGGUUCCCAUGGGCAUCAUGCCUCCUGCCACUGCUUCAGGCACCAGCCUGUGGCUGAGGACCCUGGGCUGCUGCUCUGCUCCAGACCCCAAAGGGGGCCCAGGCUUCCAGUCCAGGGAAGGCACCUAUCACACCCGGGCGCAGGUUAGUUUCUGGCACUAGGGCACAGAUUCCCAGCCAGCAGCAGAAACCCAGAAGCAGCCACUCCACCUCAGCACCUAGCCAAGCCUGGCGCUGCGCACCUACGGCAGGGGGCAGCAGCACCGCAGCCGCGGGCUCCUGGGCGCAUGCCCAGGACUGGCUGGGAACAGAGCGAGCCUGGGUGAUCUGGGCAGGAACAAGGUGCAAGCACUAUGCACACACAUGCAUGUAUCCAGGAAGCCUCUAGCAGCAAUAAACAGUCUGUGCCCUA